AAAAAAAAUUCCUAUUUUCCUCAUCAUUACUGCAGAGGAGAAAAGGAGAAAAAAAUAAAAAUAAAAACAAAAACCACCACCCUCUCUCUCUCUCUCGUUGUUUUUUUCCAAUUUUUUUAUUUUUAUUUUUAUUUUUUGAAUCUCCGUUUCGUUUCCGUUCCUUUCCUUUGCCGGAAAGCCCUAAUAUUUCUUCCCAUUUUCAGAUCCAUUUUUUUCUUUUCAAUUCCAAUCUUUCUCUUUCUCUUUCUCUUUCUAUCUCUGCGCUAAAUCCAUGGAGGCGAUCGAAGAAUUAGUAGAGCUCGCUGAUUCUAUGCGCCAAGCCGCUUCUGUGCUCGCCGAUGAAGAUGUCGAUGAAAAGUCCUCUUCCUCUUCCAGACGCCCUUCCACCUUCCUCAAUGUCGUCGUGCUUGGCAAUGUCGGUGCUGGGAAAUCUGCUGCUUUAAACAGUUUAAUUGGGCAUCCUGUUUUGCCAACUGGUGAAAAUGGUGCUACUCGGGCUCCCAUAAGUAUUGACUUAAAUAGAGAUAGUUCCUUGAGCAGUAAAUCUAUAGUCUUGCAGAUUGACAAUAAAUCACAACAGGUUUCUGCAAGUGCCCUGCGGCAUUCUUUGCAGGAUAGACUGAGCAAAGGUUCAUCGGGCAGGAGUCGUGAUGAAAUAUAUCUAAAACUCCGUACUAGUACAGCUCCUCCAUUAAAAUUGAUUGACUUACCUGGACUGGACCAGAGAAUCGUGGAUGAUAAAAUGAUAAGUGAAUAUGUUGAACAUAAUGAUGCUAUUUUGCUAGUAACAAUACCUGCUAUUCAGGCACCAGAAAUUUCUUCGUCACGAGCCCUUAGAAUAGCAAAGGAAUAUGAUCCAGAGUCUACCAGAACUCUCGGCAUAAUUUCUAAGAUUGAUCAAGCUGCUAGUGAGCAAAAAGCCCUUGCUGCUGUUCAGGCUCUUCUCUUGAAUCAGGGACCGCCCAAAACAUCUGAUAUUCCAUGGGUUGCCUUAAUUGGUCAAUCUGUUUCAAUAGCUUCAGCUUCUGGAAGCUCUGGAUCAGAAAACUCUUUAGAAACCGCUUGGCAGGCUGAGAGUGAAAGUUUAAAAUCUAUAUUAACUGGAGCUCCACAGAGCAAGCUUGGUAGAGUAGCUCUGGUGGAUGCCCUCGCAGGCCAGAUUCGUAAUCGCAUGAAACUCAGGCUUCCAAAUCUCCUCACUGGGCUUCAAGGAAAGUCUCAAAUAGUGCAGGAUGAAUUAGUAAAGCUUGGUGGACAGAUGAUUGAAAGUGCCGAAGGUAGUAGAGCUCUGGCUUUGGAGCUCUGUCGUGAAUUUGAGGACAAAUUUCUCCUACACGUAACUGGUGGUGAGGGCAAUGGUUGGAAAAUUGUUGCUAGUUUUGAGGGCAAUUUUCCUAAUAGGAUCAAGCAACUUCCCAUUGACAAACAUUUUGACAUUAACAAUGUGAAGAGGGUUGUCCUAGAAGCUGAUGGUUAUCAACCUUACCUUAUAUCUCCAGAAAAAGGGUUAAGGUCUUUAAUUAAAGGUGUACUAGAAUUGGCAAAGGAACCAUCACGUCUAUGUGUUGAUGAGGUGCAUCGCGUACUCGUGGAUAUAGUGUCAGCAGCUGCGAAUGGUACACCUGGUCUAGGAAGAUAUCCUCCCUUUAAAAGAGAGAUUGUGGCAAUUGCUACUGCUGCACUUGACGUGUUUAAAGUUGAAGCCAAAAAAAUGGUAAUUGCUCUUGUCGAUAUGGAGCGUGCCUUUGUUCCACCUCAACACUUCAUUCGUUUGGUGCAGAGACGAAUGGAUAGGCAGCGACGUGAAGAAGAGCUAAAGCAUCGAUCUUCCAAAAAGGCUACUGAGGCAGAACAAUCCAUGUUAAAUAGGGCCACAAGUCCUCAGUCUGGGGUUCAACAAACUGGAGGCAAUUUAAAAUCAAUGAAAGAAAAAUCUGGGGAGAAAGACGGACAAGAAGGAUCUGUAUUGAAGACUGCAGGCCCUGGUGGUGAGAUAACAGCAGGAUUUUUAUUGAAGAAAAGUGCAAAAACAAAUGGAUGGAGUAGGCGAUGGUUUGUUUUAAAUGAAAAAAGUGGCAAGCUUGGGUAUACGAAAAAACAAGAAGAAAGACAUUUCCGUGGUGUCAUAACAUUGGAGGAAUGCAACAUUGAGGAAGUUUCUGAGGAGGAGGAGACCUCUUCAAAGAAGUCGAAGGAUAAAAAGGCAAAUGGACCAGAGAAAGCACCUAGCCUUGUUUUCAAACUAACUAGCAAGGUUCAAUACAAGACUGUUUUAAAAGCUCAUAGUGCUGUUUUGCUGAAGGCCGAGAGCAUGGCUGAUAAGACUGAAUGGUUAAACAAAUUAACGAGUGUUAUCCUGGCUAAAGGAGGUCAAGUAAAGGGGGAACCUGGUCCCCCCUUGCGGCAAAGUCUUUCUGAUGGUUCUUUGGAUACAAUGGCACGAAAACCUGCAGAUCCUGAAGAAGAGCUGCGGUGGAUGUCUCAAGAAGUACGUGGUUAUGUAGAAGCUGUACUUAACAGCCUUGCUGCCAAUGUUCCAAAGGCAGUUGUCCUUUGCCAAGUAGAGAAAGCAAAGGAAGACAUGCUUAACCAGUUGUACAGUAAAAUAAGUGCGCAAAGCUCAGCAAGGAUUGAGGAGCUCCUUCAGGAGGACCAUAACACUAAGCAUAAGAGGGAGAAAUACCAGAAACAGUCUGCUAUUCUUUCAAAACUUACAAAGCAACUUGGCAUCCAUGACAAUCGAGCCGCUGCUGCGUCUACCUGGUCCAACGGUGGUGGAGCAGAUAGCAGCAGCAGCCCCAGAGCUACUUCAUCUGGUGAUGAUUGGAGAAAUGCAUUUGAUGCAGCAGCUAAUGGUCCUGACCCCUAUGACUCAAGGGGUCACAACCGACGGUACAGUGAUGAUGCAGGCUCAGGUUCUAACUCAAGCAGCCGCCGCACACCCACCCGCUUGCCACCUGCUCCUCCGCCACAGUCAGGUUCUUAUAGAUAUUAGACGAAGCAACCACUUCAAUAACAUUCAUACAUUCUUGUCCAAGGGUGAUUUGUUCCAGAAGCGUUUAGCAAGGGCGCAUUAUGAUACAUUGCAUUGUAAGAGUGGGAAUAGGAUUGUAGAUAGGUCUUGCAGUUUACAGAGAUUUGAUUCUAGGGUGGGUUUUACUCCUACAUGUCAUCAAGAAAUUUUCCUUUUUUCUUCCAUAUUGGAAUAGUGAGGAGGAGCUUUUUCCAUUUUUUCCCUUCUCCAACACUAAGAUGUAUUUGUUGUAUUAAAUUUAUUUAGAUUUAUAAAUAGAUACAACAGGUAUGCUAAUUCUUUUA